GGCGGAGGGGAUACGUGAUAUGGAGCGGUUCGGAGCGUCAUCACGUAGUACCAUGUGCCACCACUAAGAGGCGCCCUUAAACACAAGUUUGAGUACAAUAAUUUUGAAAGUGUGCCAUUUUAUUCUACAUCGCGGCUAUUUUAAGGCGAAAUUUAGAGCUCGCCAAAACAUACACUCCCCAAUAAAUUUACAGGAGAGUAAAUUAUAUUUUUAAUAUUUAAGUAUAUAUGUAUAUAAAGCAAUCUGCAACUGUUUCAACGUAUCAAAAACUUAUAAAACACAGCACUGGUUAAAUGAUUUAAAUUGGAAGGUAGUUGCAUAUAAUUAUUUCAAUAUUUAAAAAAAAAAUUUAAAGGUUAUAAAUGCACUAAGGCUGAUACACUAAACAUUCAUUUGAUGGUUUAAUUUAUUGCACUGUUGGGCCCCACUUGUCUACAAAUUUGUUGAUUUAAAACAUUAUUUAACAGGAAAUAAAAACAAGCAGAGAUAAUAAUUCUAUCUAUCUAUCUAUCUAUCUGUCUGUCUGUCUGUCUGUCUGUCUGUCUGUCUGUCUCAGCAGUCAAGUUUCUUGUAUACAAAAUGUUGACAAAUAAUUUCAAAUUCUUUAACAUGCAAUAAAACAAGAAGUGCACCAACUUGAUGUAUUUAUUCCUUUAAAUGCUUCUUGCAUUUUUCUCCUUUGAAUUUCUCAAUAUACUUUGUAUAUUUUUACACAUUUUAUUGUACUUGAAAAUAUGUAGAAGAAUGUAUGUGCUCAGACAAUUUAGAAACCUAUUUUAUUUUUGAAUACUAUUACAAUUAUUCAAAAAUAACUUUGAAUUAUUUUGAAUAAUAAUACAAACAUUCGAUUUAAAAAAAGGAUUCAACACAAGAUUGCCACAGCACUUUUCGAAGAAAAAAAGAUAGCUGUUGUCUGAAAUAAUAUUACCAAAAACUAAUUUCUACUUUUGUUUUGAGACUACUUCAACAUUUCUCAAAUUAUUCGGUAAACAAUUCAAAUUGACGAUGUCUCCCUGGAGAAAAAGAUAUUUAAAAAGUAGCAGUAAAAUGGACUCUACAUUAAAAAAAGGCUAAAUUAUCUCAUAGUUUGAAGCAACAAUACGUGUUUGAUAGAAUAUAAUUAAACUUCCAAGAGCAUAGGGAAGCAUUAACAUCAGCUACAGUGAUGAAAUAUACUUUUUUUUAUACAUAAUUAUUAUUAUUUUAGAUCUUUACUUGCAUAUUGACACACUUUACUUUCCUUUUGUCCUCUUGGCCCCCAGUGUAAUGUUGUGGAUUUUCCACAUCUUACAUAAAUAAUGUUUGUCCAGAAAGAUCAGAGCUUUUAAUGCUGAUGAGGUGACAAACAAACUCCUACACAUUCUGUAAUCCUCUUACAGAACUGGAAAAUAAAGCAGCAUAAACUGAGCUUAAAGGAGCAACAUUCAGCUGACUGAAAGUCUCCUACAGAAAAAUAAGAUCAUGUAAUUAAGUCCUUCAGAGCUGCCAAUUAGGCAAGACCAGCAGAGAUGAAAUCAGACUGUUUGUGUCACAAAAUUGACUGGAAAAAUGCAGUUUAUCCCUCUGAAGGAUUAAUGCACAUAUCUGCUGUCCUGCUGUGACCCAGAGUCACAUCUUUAAUAGAUAAAAAAGCUUAAUUAGAUACUGCAACUCAUGAUCCAGGAAUCUAGCUCUGACGCAUGGCAAGGAUCAUUCUAAACACACGGUUGCCCCGCUGACCCCGGGUAAAUAUGUUUAUUGUUCAACCUGCUCGCCAGGAAAGGAGGCUUUGGGCUUCCAGCUCACCCCGGGAUUAGAAACAACCGCCCCUGCGCACGGAUAUAAAUACUCCCGGCGCGCCGCCUCCAGCUCAGUCUUUACGCACAAGUCCGGCAACGCCUGGAGGAAACUAUCUGCGAAGCUGCUGUUCAGGGGUGGACGCGAAUAAAGCAGUUAUAAGUGGUAUUAUCAGUGUCUUUAACCCGACUGCUUCUGAAGACAAACAGGACCGAAGGGAUGUCCGUGUUGGGCGCACUGCCGUUCAUGAAGCCGCUGCACCAUGUGCACUCCCCGGUGCCGCAGGGCCGCCGCCACACGCUGCCGGCCAGCGAGUUCCGCUCCCUGAGUCCGGAGGACGCAAUCAGCGUGUUCGAGAUAGAGAGAGAAGCCUUCAUCUCGGUGUCCGGAGAGUGCCCGCUCCACCUGGACGAGGUGCGUCACUUCCUCACGCUGUGUCCCGAGCUUUCUCUCGGCUGGUUCGAGGGGGGGCGGCUGGUGGCGUUCAUCAUCGGCUCUCUGUGGGACCAGGAGAGGCUAACCAUGGAUGCUUUGACUCUCCAUAAGCCUCAUGGAGCCACGGUCCAUAUCCACGUCCUCGCCGUCCACCGGACCUUCAGGCAGCAGGGGAAGGGCUCUAUUCUGAUGUGGCGCUACCUGCAGUACCUCCGGUGUCUGCCCUACGUGCGACGCGCUGUCCUGAUGUGCGAGGACUUUCUGGUUCCCUUCUACCAGAAGUCAGGGUUCAAGGCUUUGGGCCCCGCUGAGAUCACGGUGGGACCCCUCAACUUCAUCGAGAUGUUCUACCCAGUCAGGGGCCACGCCUUUAUGCGGCGCAACAGUGGAUGCUGAAGGACGGGACUUCGGUUUAACGUUUCCAAAAACAGGAUGCAUUGACACUCCUUAAGCCUCGCGGAGUGGAGGCAUGUGAGUGGAGCAGGGAUUUGUCUAAUCUCUGAGUGAAAAAUGCUCAGCAGCCGGUGAGAAGAGAGCCUUCGUGAAGCUGAAAACAAAGAGCUGCCCACCAGCUUUCAGCAACUGUUGGACACGUCGUUUAUGCCUGGAAACCGUCAAGAUUUGUGCUGAAGAGAGAGAAGUUGCCAUUGGAGCAAAGAGUGCGAGCGGCAACUUCAUGAAACUUUGAAAAACUAAACAUUUGUUCUGAAAGAAAAUGUUGGACAUUUGACAAACUGCAAGCUGCCUUUUCCUUCAUCCACUCCUUGUUCUAAAUGGUUUAUUAUGGUUCGAACUACAACUGGGUAAAAAAAACAAUAAAAACUUGUCUAUCAUAUUAUGACAGACCAGUGAUCAAUAUCAAUAGAUAAAACAUCCAAUUGAGUUUUUGCACAGCAUUCUGGGGAAUGUAGGCAGAGAAAAGGUUUUAGUAGCUCAACCUCUAACGGCUAGCUAGGCAAAGUUGAUAGAAUCAACUCACUCACUCAUUCUUUGGUUGCCUAGCAACUCACUCACUCUGGUUACCUAGCAACAACUUGUGGAGUAAGCAGUAACAGUUUAAGGUUUCUCCACUUGUGCCUCACAACUGCUUAAAAAAACGGAAUGGAGUGAAAACUGGAUAAAACAGGAAAGGUCAUCAGUUUGGCAGUAUUUCAGAUAUUUAAAACAAAAACUAUUCAAUUAUUGAUAGGAAGAUAUAAAACCGUUAUAUCGUGACAUGUUUUUCAGUUAUAUCGCCCAUCUGUAGUUCAGACCUUGAAACACCUUAAAACAUAAAUGCUGAAUGCUGGGUUUUUGAAGCAUUAAGACGUUUAUAGUUUAAUAGAUGAGAACAAAUUUACUGGCACUUGUGAAAAAGACGUGGAAAAAGCCUUACAGUAAACGCCUCGUUCCUUGUAACCAACCGCCCAUAGUGGAGUUGGUUAAAAACUAUUUUACUGUUACUUUUCCCCACAGAUUAAACUCUAAAGUUAUUUUAAACUUUUAUCUGAAAUAUUACAACUGAUAUAAAAGAUUAUGUACUUUAAAGCAUUUUACAAAUCUGUAACAGAUGAGCUGCAAAAUGUAACAUCAGUAUUGUAACAGCAUAAAUACAUUGCCAAAGUAAUGAAGUUAAAUUGUAUGAUGAAUGUAAUUAUGGAUGAGUGAUAUCAGCUAUCAAUGUGUCAUUAUGGAUCUGAUUGUAUUUUGCUUUUCUUUAACACAUCUGUGUUCCUGUUAGCAAACAUCCUGUCGAUCUGUUUACCCAUCAGCUGUGAACACAGUGUAUAAAAACAGAUCUCAACUCUCGUAAACAAGAAUUAUAUAAUCACAGAACCGUAAAAUGGAAGGAAAUUGUAGUUUUUCUUGUAGGAUGUCACCCAAUUUGCCUCCUAAAACCUCAGGGGUUGAAUGUUUUUGUUGUACAGUUUGAUUUUUAAAGUAUAAAAGCUUUAUUUUCUGACUUUUCUGAA